GGCAGGAUGAGUUUCCGCACGAGCCCAGUCCAAACAACGUCCCUGCCAUGGCAACGGUGCAGGUCUGUGUCCUGUUUCUACUUCUUUCUGUGAGUUUGGCAGAAGAUGUGAAACUAAAAUACAAACCAGCUACAAAACCAGUUCGGCUUUUCACCGAGGAGGAACUCCAGAGAUAUGACGGCAGGGAGGAGGGCCAGCCUAUUUACAUGGCAAUAAAAGGUGUCGUGUUUGAUGUCUCCAAAGGGAAAGAGUUUUAUGGUAAAGAUGCUCCAUAUAACGCCCUGGUUGGGAAGGACUGCAGUCGAGCCGUGGCAAAGAUGUCUCUGAAGCCAGCAGACCUGACAUCAGAUACUACUGGCCUCACUGAGGAGCAGCUAAAGAGUCUGGAUAGUAUAUUUGAGGAAACGUACAAAGCCAAGUAUCCUAUUGUGGGUUACACUGCAGCACGUCUCCUGAACAAGGAUGGAAGCCCCAACGAAGACUUCAAACCAGAAGACCAGCCCCAUUUUCAAAUCAAAGAUGAGUUCUAGGUUCAAUUUAGGGUUUUCUACUCUACAUCUAAUAAUGAUGUAAAAGUGAGAAACAUAUUUUCAGGAGAAAAUAAAAAUAAAUUAUUCUUUAAAGAUCCUUUGAAUUUCUUUAUCCUCAAUUUCUUAUGUGUGGUGAAAGCUGGAGCUGUUUAUAGAAACUGGUCAUUUUACUCCUGUUUUUAUUUGUUUCAUAACCAACGUUUAACUGCACAAAAUGGAGCUGGCUGCACUGGUAAUGUCAUUUAGCUCACAUAUAUAGACAUUGUUAUGUACAUUUUAUAUGUAAUUUUACAAUAUUUCACAGUUACUUGUACAAAAGAUGUGACACCAAACACACACACAUAUAUAUAUAUAUUUAUGGUCUUCAGGAGCGGACUCUGCACUCUAAAAGACCUCAGUUUCCUCUGGAGGAAGAGUCUGCUCUGACCCAUUUUGUGGAGGGUCUCAGUGCUGUGGGUCCAGUCCAGCUUUUUGUUCAGGUAUUUAUAAGAUUCCACUAUCUCAAUGUCAAGUUCCUGGAUGUUCACCAGUGUCUGUGGGGUGGAUCUACUUCUGUGAAAGUCCUCCACUAGCUCCUUGGUUUUCUCUGGUAUUCAAAAACAAUAAAAAAUAACAUCGAUCCACCUUUCCAGAUGGAGCAAUCUUAAAAAGCACAAGUGAAAAUCUGAUCCCCUAAUUGUAGUUUCCAUUAGUUGAAAAGUGUUUAUUUUAGAUUAUCUUGUGGACCUGUAUAAUAUUAUGGAUACUGGAGCUUGACUGGGAUAGUUGAACGGCUCAAAGUGGAUGUCGUAAAAAUAUCCACAUUUUUAAAUCCAAAACUU